GCCAUUUACCCCGAAACGCCGGCACACCCCGCCGCCUGCAAUACACGUCAACUUGGAAAAUAAAUAAAGCAAAGCAAAAUAUAAAUAUUCGAGCUAUCGAAUCUCAGAAAAAUGAGUGACAAAGUCCAAGAGUCGGAGCAAAAGCUCCAGGAGAAGUCUACCAAGGAGGCAUACUUCGCCAGCCUCGCGGAGUGGACAAAACAGGCUACCAUUGCCCAGAACGCGAUGCUUAUGUUUCCGUACUAUUUAAUGGCCAACUAUCCUCAGUUGUUCCAGGGACAAGUGACUCCUUUUCCUGGCCUCCAGUCAGCUCCAUUGGGGCAGUCUCCUUCGGCGGCUCCUCCUCCCCCAGUUCAGGGAGCGAGGCCAGCUGCUCCGCCAGGAGCCCCUGCUGCUGCUGCUCCUCCGCCUCCACAAAACUUUAGUCGGCUGCGAGUCCUGGACGAGGCCCAGCAAUUGGAGACUAUACAGCGACUGGGCGGCUACGAGUACGUCCUAGCGCCCUUCUGGAAACGUGCCGUGGCGGAGACCAUCGACAUUUUCAUCCUGUUUGUCCUGAAGAUCAUCAUCACAUUCGGGGUAGUCAACCUGUUCGACAUGGACUUUGACGUUAUGCGUCGCACAUUGGAAGAGGAAGACCUGCUUGUAAACGUUUUCGACAUCUCGCUGGACUUUAUAACAGUGUCCACCGAUCUCCUUCUCAUCGAGCUGCUGACAAAGUUAACAGUUUGCUGCUACGAGGCGCUUUGGACGUUCCUCUACAAUGGUGCCACGCCCGGCAAGUCGCUAAUGAAGAUUCGCAUCCACUAUGUGGAGGCUGUAGUACCGCUGCAGGCGCCUGCCCUGCCACAAUUCGUGCUCCAGCCGCAGAGGGUGCCGAUAAGGGCCCUUCUCUAUCCGGCCCAGACGCCUACGCUGAUGCGCUCCUUUGCACGCUCCCUGGCCAAAAACUUGGUAAUGACCCUGCUCUUCCCAAUCUGCGUAAUGAUGAUCUUCUUUAAGAACAACCGCACCGGUUACGACAUCAUGACGAAGACGAUAGUGGUGGAGACUGACUCCAACGCCGUGUUCCGCACCCAAGUGCCACCGCAGCGCAACGGGUGAGCACGGACGGUAAACCAGUCAAAGUGCCUAGGAAUUGUGCACUCUUUCCUAUGCAUAUAUAGACGCUAUUGUUAAAGCUAAAUUUAAUGUCGUUAUGUACUGCUAUCCUGUGAAAUAAAAUUAAAUCUCAAAAACGUU